AUGAUGCGAGCCCCGCGUUGGGAGAGUCGCGGCGAACCUACCUGGACCGACCACGUGGUCGAACGGCCCAUCGUGCCGUCCUACUGGAGGAAACCACCGAACAUCCAGAAUUGGCAUUCGUUCAGCGUGCCCGACCUGGCCUCCCACAAGUCGAUCUCGCCGCGCAGGGCCCCUAAGCUCUCCGAGCUGCAGGACGGGUCCGCGGAGCGGUCCUCCCUGUUGCAGGAGAGAUGGCGGACACGCCGGCAAAAGAGGCCACCGCGUUCUGGCGGGGCUACGUCGCGGCGCAGGACCCGAGGCCGAGAAGCAGGGCGCCCUCUCGCUGUCGCACGCCACGAAGAGGUCGCCGAAGCCCAGCUGGAGCGGGCGCCAGUCCCUGAUGUCGCCGGCGUAGGGCGGCGGGCCGACCACGCGGGCUGGACGCACCGCUGCGGCCGCCGCCGCCCGCCGCCGCAGCGCGGCGGCUGGCCGUCGAGCGGCGCGGCGCGCGUUUUCGGCGCGAUUUCCGCCUGA